CAUGGGAAGCUCUCAAGCUUAUAAAAACCCGCUGAAAAGCUGGGCUCAGUGACGCCCUGGGCCUCCUAUACCUCACUGCUACCUCGGGUUCACUGACCAAAGCCAGCAGCUCGGCUACUUUACAUACAGAGCCUUACAAUGUCUCAACAACAAAUCAGCCUGCCCGCCAAACUCAUCAAUGGUGGUGUUGCUGGUAUGGCUGGCGUGACCUGUGUGUUUCCUAUCGACCUGGCCAAGACCCGGCUCCAGAAUCAGAGGAGUGGCCAGCAGGUCUACAGGAACAUGAUGGAUUGCCUCAUCAAGACUGUCAGAUCAGAGGGAUACUUUGGAAUGUACAGAGGUGCAGCAGUCAAUCUUACCUUGGUUACACCAGAGAAAGCAAUCAAACUGGCAGCUAAUGACUUCUUCCGCCACAAGCUUAGCCAGGAUGGGUCCAAGCUUACUGUAUUGAAGGAAAUGUUGGCUGGGUGUGGUGCAGGGAUGUGUCAAGUGAUCAUAACUACUCCAAUGGAGAUGCUGAAGAUUCAACUUCAGGAUGCAGGCAGACUCGCUGCGCAGCAGAGGAAGUUGACGGUACUCCCUGCCAUGAAGCUGGGGGCUGGUAACGCUGUGCUCAGCUGCUCCUACGGUGGGGGCCCAGCGCCGAUGCUCAGGACCUCCGCCACACAGAUCACCCAGGAGUUGCUGCGCACGCGGGGGAUACAGGGGCUCUACACGGGCCUGGGAGCCACACUCAUGAGAGACAUUCCCUUCUCAGUGGUUUACUUCCCCCUCUUUGCUCAUCUGAAUCGUCUCGGACAACCAUCGGAGAUGGAAAAUGCGCCAUUUUAUUGGUCCUUUAUCUCUGGCUGUGCGGCAGGUUGUACAGCCGCUGUGGCUGUAAACCCGUGUGAUGUCAUCAAGACCAGACUGCAAUCUUUGAAGAAGAGUACAUCUGAGGAGACCUACAGUGGAGUGGUGGAUUGUGUAAGUAAGAUCAUGCAGAAGGAGGGGCCAGGCGCCUUUCUGAAAGGCGCUAGCUGCAGAGCGCUAAUCAUCGCGCCACUCUUCGGCAUCGUACAAGUUGUGUACUUCAUCGGCGUUGGGGAGUUCGUCCUGGGCCAAAGUCCUUUUAACCUCUACUCUUCCUAGACUACCUCAUGAAACGUCAUUGUUUUCAAUGGGAUAUUAACAACUGACUAAGGCAGCUACAAACCUAUUCUUAGAGCUCUGUUGUAAACAUAACAAGGCUGGGAGAGAUGUGGUGAUUCCAAUUCAAUGGCCAUCACAACUCACCUUUCACUCAUUAGUUCUGUGUAGGCUACUGGACCCAGAGCAGAGGUUGAGUUUAUUUGGACUCUUCUGUUACUGAGCUAACAGUAACCAGGUGAUGUAUUUGGCAUCUUGGAGACACCAGUGCAUUAAGUCAAUGAACACUUGAUAAAGUCUGACUUGUUUAAUCUUUGUACAUUUUUUGUAAAUAAUAACAAUGGCUUUUAUUAUGGGCCUCAGUGCUUGUCCAGUAUCUGUUAGGGAUAAUGUAUAGAACGCCGGUCAUUACUGGGAAAAUAAGUCCCGACAG